AUGGUCUGUCGACAACCUACCUUCCUGCUGGAGGAUCAAAGUGACCUGGCCAACUGGUUGGCUGCCCGAGGCCAUCUCCUCAGUGGUCACGUUGAACUCAUACAAUGGCCUCGUGAAGGUCGGACAGUAGGCGACCACGAAGUCGACUCUGACGCCUGCCACCGAGACUCGCGCUAUCGGUACACUGGCUGUCUUCUCGUUGGUUUCGUUACCUGUCAACACGACAUCAACUGGAACGGAAUCAAGCGGCCCCCUGAGAAAAUCAGACGAGGCCUCCGAAGCCUC